AUGUUGUGUGAGUUGAAGAGAGGGAAGAUUUGCGUCAAUUUGAUACGGCGAAGUAGUCUCAAAACAAGCAAUCCUAUGAUCAGAAGCACCCCAGAGCCGACGAAAAUCAAGGCGCAUCAAAUCGCCACGCUGAACCGCUUCAAUCUCCGUCCAUAUCCUCAAAAGUACCCGGCGCUGAUCGUCCGCGGCGAUGGAAGUACUUAUCGAGUUUGGAGCACUGAAGAGCCCCAGGAAAUUGUCAGAUUUCCAAUUGAUGUUUCCAACAUGUCGGAAAUGGAUAGAACGCGUCUUUUGAGUAAACGAUACGGAAAACAAGUUAAAACUCGAGUUGUUCAAAGCAUUAAUGUCGAAGACGAAGAUGAUCAAGAAGAAGAACUUGGCGAUUUUUCGGACUAUGACCAGCGCUAA